AUGGAUGCAUUUGCACUCAAGAAAGACAAUAGAAAGAAGUUUCAAGACAAAGAGAAGCUGAAACGGAAACAUGCUACGCCGAGUGAUCGUAAAUACCGGGCUUUAAAUAAGACCACAGAGCCGGAACCGGAGCUGCCAGAGCUUCAGGCAAACCACUAUCGCUACCAUGAAGACUUAUCUAUGACAUAUCCGCAGCAUGAAGAGGACUUAACCUCGGCUACAACUACUAAGAAACUCAAGGAAGUACUACAGGCUCGCCAGAACAGCACUAACGAUAAUCAGAGUCAAUCUAAAUCGCCUGGUCUCGUGACCAAGAAGCAACUGGACUCGAUGUCAGUGGAUGAGUUGAAUAGCUUACUGGGAAACAAGAAGAAGAGUCCAGAUGCAAGCGAGUUGAGCAGGAGCGAUGAGUGCGAAAACAAUCUCAAUUCGUUGAAAAAAAAAUCGAAAAGGAGCCCAAAGGUGCUUCGGCUGCGAAGAACCACCAGAAGGCCACUCAAACUUCUGAAUCCAGAAUUCCAGCUGAUCUGGAAUCGGAACAGGACCUGCUCGAUGAGCUGA